AUGAAAGUUCCGCAAGGGGUUUUUACUCCUUCUCCGUCAGUUGAUGGAGCAGUGGUGAUAAUUAAACCUUAUGAGGAUAUUGCCAAGUCAAAAGAGCAAUUAGGUUAUUCAGACAAAGUUCGUCCGCAAAAUCUAAAACCGACAGAAUAUUUUCAAUUAUUUCUUUUUUGGCAAGAAAUUAAAAUACACAAAGCGAAUUCAAAAAGUUGCGAUGACUCUUUUGCCAAUAAAAACCUUGGCUAUGGACUUUACCAAAUUUUUCCUUUUGAGUAUGAUGAAAAGUAUGAAAAGUAUGAAGAUGCCUUCAAAGAGGCAAAGAAAAAAAUAUUAAAUAGUUUGAGUAAUUAUAUCAAGGAAAGUUCAAACAAAGAAGAGUUUUCUUUUGUAUAUUAUAAUUAUCAUGAUAGCCGAAAAGGAGGAAUUCGAACGUUAAGUUUAACAGAAUACUUGAAGCUUGUCAAACAAAGCAAAAAUCUAGCAAACUACAUAACUCAUUUGAGAAAAGCACCUGAGAGUUUAGAAGUGAUUAAUUUUGAAACUUUGUUUUCGCUUGACAAAAUAAAAGAUUUUUGCAAUAAGUAUAUACUUUGUGAUGCUUCGCACAAUAAUUUUUCAAAGACCAAGCCUCGUGGCACUCAAGAUAUUUAUUCACCUCGCUCACUAAUUUACCAAAAAAUCCAACAAGCUGCUACUGAAAUAUUACGCAAAAAUAAUUAUCAACCAAUAAUUUUUCCCACUUUUGAAUACAAAGAGUUAUUUAUUAACUCUUUGGGUUCCACCACCGAUAUUAUUCAUAAGGAAAUGUACACUUUUCUUGAUAGAAAAGGCCGAGAAAUGGCAUUGCGACCGGAAGGGACAGCCAGCACCGUGCGUUUGGUCUGUCAAAAUAAACUAAUUACCGAAGGAGUGGAAUUAGUUAACGCCCAAGGAGUUAUCGCUGAUUAUCAAAUAUUAAAGUUAGUUUACGAUAUUUUGCGGAUUCUAGGGAUUAAAGAUUUUGUUUUUAAUUUAAAUUAUUUAGGCGAUAGCGAAACAAAAAAAAGAUAUAAAAAUGAACUAGAAAAAUUUAUUCAAUUUGCUAAUCCUAAUUUCUGUGCUCUUUGUCAAAGAAGGUGCAAAACCAAUCCCCUCCGAAUACUUGAUUGUUUAUUUUGCGUAAGAAAAACUUCUUUUCCUCCUUAUAAAGAUGCUUGGGAUAAAAGCGAUAAUAAUUAUGUAAAUGAACUUAGUCAAGUUUUAGAUAAAUUUAAUUUUCCUCAUCAAUAUGACUAUUCUUUAGUGCGAGAAGUAGGAGAUAUAAAUGCUCCUGCUGUUGGCUUUGCUAUUGGAAUUGAGCGACUAGCAGAUUAUUUAGAAAGUUCACAAUUAUUAGAAAUUAAUAAGUCAGUUGAUGUUUUUUUCUUGGCUACCAGUCCAGAAAUUUAUUUAGAUAUUUUAGUCUGA